AUGUCAGGACAUCAAAUUGCCCAAAGACUCACAGAACAACAGCUAGAAAGUUCACAGUUCCCAAAAGAUGAUAAAGACAAUAGGUGGAAUGAUUUUCUUGGAAAAUGGAAUGAUAUAGUUAAUUCAGAAACUGAGAAUGAAUUUAAUACAAAUUGGAAGAAUUUUUCAUGGACAGAUAGAACCCUUCACCUUGGAACAAUUGUUACUUUGCGCAUUGAAGGCGCCUACGCAACUCUAAAAGCAUACUUACAAAUGUCGACUGGGGACCUUUAUUGGGUUUGUACAUCAAUUACUUUAGCUGUAACUAACCAGAAAAAGGAAAUUGAUUCAAGGAUUGAAUGGGAAUGCAUUAAUAUUCCAAACAAAAGAUAUCAUGAAUGGCCCGAACAUCAGCAAGUGGUAGUCAGAAAUAUAUUAAAUGACAUAAUAGAUAGUCCAUUAGUACCUUUACAAAACCCCCACUUAGUUCAUACCAAGGGACAUCCUUCUGGUGCUCCAAAUCGACAACCAGCCAACACAACAAGAUGGGAUCCUUCCGGGUUUGAGUUUGUCGCCAUAAAGCAAGACAAUGUAGUAUUUGUAAACAAUUGGGUCACAAUGCUUAUACUUGUCCAAAUUGAAAUACAAAAUAAUACAUUUAGUCAUAAUUCGCUUUAUGUACCCAAUUUUGUAAAAAAGUAA